AUGAAGCAGAAAGUAAGACUAGAACCGAAGAGUCUGAUUACUUCAGAACACCUAUAUGAGAGUGCAUCUCUAAAGUUGUUUCGGAAAACACAAGGGGCUUUUGUCCUGGGAAGACAAAUUCUGGAUGCGGCUUUGAUUGCUCAUGAAUGUAUUAAUUCUAUCUUCGGAGAGAGGAAAAGCGGUCUAGUUUGCAAAUUAGACAUCGAGAAGGCAUAUGAUCAUGUGGAUUUGGAGUUCUUGGAUUACACGCUUGGGAGGAUGGGUUGUGGCAACAAGUGCAGGGGGUGGAUCAGAGUUUGCGUCCAUUUGGCCUCUUUCUCUAUAUUGGUGAAUGAUUCUCCCAACUGCCACUUCAAAGCUUUAUGUGGUCCUCGACUGGGUGAUCCUUUAUUGCUGUAUCUCUUUGCAGUUGUGGUUGAGGCUCUUAGCAUGAUGCUAAAAAAAUGUGUGGAAAAUGGUCUCUUCUCUGGAUUUAGUCGUCGAACCUUCCAGAUAAAUGUGGCAAAAUCAGAGAUGCUUGGAGUGCAUGUAGAUCAUGAGAAUCUAUCUUGGAUGGCAAUUGCAUUUGAUUGUCAAACAGGAUCCUUCUCGACUACAUAUCUCGGAUUGUCUCUAUGCUUGGCAUGGUGGUGGUGGAGGGAAGCUGCGGAAAGUUAUUUGGUGGCUUCUUAUCAUGGUAGUCUUAUGGGUUAUUUGGGGAUCUAG